AUCAGAAUCGUCGUUCCGUCGCCGCCGUCGUGUGUCGUGUGCGGCCCUCAUAAUCGGUGUGUAGUGUAUAUAUGUAUCGCACCUAAUGCUCUCGGGAACGAAUUAUGGCAUUGUCUUUUAUCAGAGCUAAGGCACUACAGCACGGAAAUUCGCACUUGCGUCUCUUCGCCAGCGUAUCGACCAUGAAGACGGGAUUGGUACUGGGUGUAUACGAAACCGAGAGCGAGGACAACGUUGUGCUCACCCCCACGGCGGCCAAGUACAACGAUCUGGUCAACGGCAAGCUGCUGAAGAAUAUUUUGCUAGCAGGACCAAAGAUCCCUAAAGGUCAUGCUAGAGUGUUUUGGGGGUUGGAUGAAACCGAUUACGCCGGAGUCGCGGUAGUUGGACUGGGGAAGCAAGGUCUUGGUAUUAACAAACUUGAAGAGAUCCAUGAAGGAAAGGAAAGUGUACGUGCUGCUGCAGCAGCGGGAUGCCGCGCACUGGAUGACGUGGAGAUAAAGGACAUCAAGCUGGAAACCCUGGGAGACGCGGAAGCCGCUGCCGAGGGAGCUGGUUUAUCCACGUGGCUUUAUCAAGGAUUCAAAAAUGAAGAGAAGAAAAAGAAGUUACCAAAGAUCUCGCUGUACGGAGAUGAAGGAGAGGCGGAAUGGCGAGUUGGCAUAAUUAAAGCCCAGGCGCAGAACUGGGCUCGCGAGCUGUCGGACACGCCCGCGAACCUGAUGACGCCCACGAUAUUUUCGCAACGGGUCUGCGAGGUCCUGACGCAUCUCGGGGUCGACGUUCAGGUGCGCGACAAGAGCUGGGCCGAGCAGAAGAAGAUGGGUUCGUUCCUCAGCGUGGCGCGCGGUAGCACCGAACCGCCCAAGUUCCUCGAGAUCAGUUACAAAGGUGCCGAGAAUUCAAGCGAAUCACCGGUGACGUUUGUCGGUAAGGGAGUCACUUUCGAUGCCGGUGGCAUCAGCCUUAAGCCGUCGUCGGAAAUGGACGAGAUGCGCGCCGAUAUGAGCGGCGCCGCCUGCGUGGCCGCUACUAUCCGAGCCGCGGCCGAGCUCAAACUGAAGAAAAAUAUCGUCGGACUGAUCCCGCUCACGGAGAAUCUGCCGUCCGGACAUGCUACGAAGCCGGGAGAUCUGGUGCAGGCGAUGAACGGCAAAACCAUCAUCGUGGACAACACCGACGCGGAGGGCAGGUUGAUUCUCGCCGACGCGCUGUGCUACGCUCAGCAGUUUAAUCCGAGAUUUAUCUUGGAUAUCGCUACGUUGACCGGUGCCAUGAGAAUUGCCUUGUCGAACUCCGCGACUGGAGUGUUUACCAAUGACAGCAACCUUUAUGAAACUCUGAGAAAUGCUGGGACGGUAACCGGCGAUCGAGUAUGGAGAUUCCCUCUAUGGCAGCAUUUCACGGAUGAAGUGACGAAAAAAGUAAAGGGUGCCGACAUAAAUAACCUCGCGAAGUGCAAGGGUGGUGGCUCUUGUACCGCCGCUGCCUUUUUGAGGGAGUUUGUUAGCAAGGACAUGCCGUGGAUGCAUCUGGACAUAGCUGGUGUCAUGGGCCCCGCCCACGACGAAUUACCGUAUAUCCCAGCCGGAAUGACCGGGCGCCCGACACGUACGCUUAUACAAUUCCUACAGGCGCUCUGUUAAACGAUCUACUAAUGGUCACUUUACGUAACUCGCGCGUCAAACGGGUUCUUGUAAUUUUCUAUACAUAUAUAUAUGUAAAAGUUUACACAGAAGGAUAUGUAUAUAGAAAUAUACAUAUAUAUAUAUAGGGGAAUUGCGCCUAAUAUGGAGAGGGAUUGUAUUGGACGAUCUAAUCAGACUUAAUAUGAUAACGUUCAGUGAUAAAACGCAUAAACAACUUACCGCAGGCCAGUAACAGCAUUUUUAAUGUCUCACUAAGCAGAUAACAGACUCGUUGAUCAGGUUCCUACGAGAGUUAUUAAUAUCACGAGUCUGAAUAUUCAGUAGACAGAAACUCGAGUUGAAAAUUCUAACAAAAUAUAAAGAAUGCUAACGAAGAUUUUAUAUGCUAUAAUACAUUGCCACUAUUAUAAGAAUAUUUGGAGAAUGUAUGUGUUAAGUAUAUUAAUCAAGGUUUAUACGUAUGCAUUUUUAAUUCUUGAUAUAUUUCAUACAUCAAGAUGUAGAUAAGAUGACUUAUCUCAAAUAGUUAUUUCUAUCUGACGGAUCAUUAUCGAAAUGCUUGACGAUUAUACGAUCCCCGGAAUCAAAGUCAUACCUCACCAUAUUAGGCAGUGCCUACAUCUUUUAAGUUACCACUUCUUAUAUGAUUAAAACAUAUAACCUAUAAAAAUAAUGUAUACAUGCGAUAAAAAAGGAUGUCGAAUAGAAUACUUAACAUCUAGAUGUGGAAGUUGCUCAUUUCAACAACAAUUUCCACAUUAGUCGAAGACAAAUCCCGACAUCUCCAGAUACAUUCGGUAUCAUGAAAUUUAAUAAUUAUGUAUUCAUUGCAUUUUGACAUAUAUGUUUGAAAGACUUGUCAUAAAGUUUCUAUUAGUAAAUCUA